AGAAGAUUCAAGCAUAUUUUGGCUUUAGGUUAGAAGGUUACAUUCAUUGAAGAGAUCUGAAGAAAACAGAAGUGAGAUUUAAAAAACAAUUAGUAAUUCACGAUUUGUUCAAAAAAUGGCUAGUGCGUUGAGUCAUUUGGAAAAUGCUGUGUUUCAGUUCAAAUUUGUUGUGAAUUUCCUUAGAUUAUAUUCUGAUGUGCUCAAGUGUCCAAAAAAGAAAGCUGUGAGUGUGAUGGACGUCGGAUGUGGUAGCGGAAGAACUCUGUUGGAACAUCUACUUCCGGCAUUACCAACAGAUUUUCAAGAGUUAAUAGGAGUGGAUAAAUAUGAUGCAAUGAUCGAAUAUUGUGGAAAACUUGAGGUUGAUCCAAGAGUUUCUUUUCGUCAAUUGGAUAUUCAAACACAGGAACUUCCGAAAGAAUUCGAAAAUAGAUUUGAUCUCAUCACCUCUUUUUUCUGUUUUCAUUACGUAACAGAUUUUAGCCAAGCACUGAGAAACAUGCACAAAAUGCUAAAACCAGGAGGGGAGUUGUUGUUCAUUCAACCAACCAACUCAAAUCCACUUUAUUUGUGUUAUAGAGAACUUAGUAAAAUAGAUAAGUGGAGAUCAUUGUUCAAAGAAUUUGACAAAUAUACGCUUCGUUUUCGUGGAAAGAAUCGAGAUGCUGAAUUGAAGGAAUACUUUAAACGGAAUGGCUUCACAUUAGACAGUUAUUUAUUUUUGACCGAUUUUAUGGAAAUUGAGGCGAAGCACUUCAUUAAUACAUUCAAAGCCCUGGAUGGCUUCAGGGAUGACAUACCUGUGGACGAGCAAGAUGAAUAUCUCAAGGCUUUUCACGAAUGCUUCAGUAUUAUAGAAGAUGUCGAUUUCGUCAAUGAAGAAAGUUUAGAGAGGAAAACUAAAUUCUCAAUUGAAUUUCUGUCCGUUCAUGCACGGAAAGACGAAGAAACAGAAUUGGAACCCAUAAACUCGAUCUAUAAUAAUGAAAGCUCCAGAGCGUUAUGUGCAAUAUUAAUGGCAAACGCUUUGAAAUAUUACAAAAAUGCAGUGUACCAUCUUGACACUGUGGGAAGAAUUUAUACCAAAUAUAUGAAGUCCACGAAUUUGCCAAAUAUCCCGUUGAGUGUACUAGAUAUUGGUACAGGUAGUGGGCGCAUAUUCUCAGAAGUAAUGGUUCCAAUGUUACCGAAAAAUGUUAAGGAAAUUGUUGGCAGUGACAUGGAUGAGGAAAUGAUGGAAUUUUGUCGCUCGAUGAACAAAGAUUCGAAAAUAACAUUCGAAAAAUUGAACAUUGAAAAAGACGAAGUACCGAAACACUUGGAGAAUAGAUUCCACCUACUUACUUCAUCAUAUUGUUUCACGUAUGUGAGGAAUUUGAGACAAGCCUUCUCCAAUUCAAGUAAAUUACUCAAACCAAAUGGAGAACUCAUAAACCUAUUUCAAUUUAAAACCAAUGCUUUAUACUCAACGUAUAAGGAGAUGAGUAAGAUGAAGAAAUGGAAAGCCUACACAUCCGAAUUUGCUGAUUACACAACACAUUUUUCUGGUCCAAAUCCCGAAAUAGAACUCAAAAAAAUACUCAAAGAUAGUGGCUUGGCUCUUUUAGAUUACGAGUUUGAUUACGAUCAUGCUUUUGAAAUGAGUAAGAGGGAAGUUCUUGAAGUCUACCAAUCCUUGGACCAUAAACUUGUAUCACUUCAAGGGAAUCAGCAAAAAGAGUUUCUUGAGGAUUUCCUCUCAAUUUUCUGUGAACUAACAGAAAUCGAUUUUCGAGAUGAGAAAACGCUCGAUGAUGUGAUACAUUUCACAUUUCCUACAGUAUCAAUGCAUGCAAGAAAAGAAAAAUAAAUAAUAUCUCAUAAGUAGAUCUUUGAACUGCAUUUCGAAUCGAGGUCAUAAUGAUACAAGUGAUAUUCAUCUACAUCACGUGAUCAAGAUCAUUCAUUGUAUAACGAUCAAAAGAUAAUUCUAUAAGCAAUGCAACUAAUCGAAAUAAAAUGACAGUUAUUCUA